AUCGUUUCUUCAACGGACUGCCGACUGUAGCCAUAAAACAUCAAAAGUGCCGAACAUAUAGGAAGCGAGUUUGUGCUCGUUAGUAUAAAAGUUUUGUGGGCAGAAGUGGAGGCCACAUGGAGCGGACAGGGAGCAUUCAGCUGGACAUUCCUGACUUCAGCAACUCAGUCCUGUCCCACCUAAACCAGCUGCGCAUGCAGGGUCGGCUAUGUGACAUCGUGGUGAACGUCCAGGGCCAGAGCUUCCGUGCUCACAAGGUGGUCCUGGCUGCCAGCUCGCCAUACUUCAGGGACCACAUGGCGCUGGGCGAGAUGAGCACCGUGUCCCUGUCCGUUAUCCGCAACCCCUCCGUGUUCGAGCAGCUCCUUUCCUUCUGCUACACGGGCCGCUUGUGUUUGCAGCUGGCGGAUAUCAUUAGCUACCUGACGGCUGCCAGCUUCCUGCAGAUGCAGCACAUUAUCGACCGCUGCACGCAGAUCUUGGAGGGUAUUCACUUCAAGAUUAGCCUGGCCGACGUGGAAGAGGAGCUGCGGGCCCGCCGGAGUGCAGGAAGGACCGUCGAAGCUGAGAGGGCCAGUGCGCGCUCACUCAGCCCCAGGCACGCAGGCACCAGAGUCAUAGCGACCCACGGAAGUGCUUCCAGUGCCAUGGAAGUCAGCGAAAUCAGGGAGGUCAGCCCACCCGGGGAAUCCAUGAGCCCGCAGAUCGUCGAGCACAGUGGGCUCGGCCCGGAGGCCACGGGGGCGGUGAACGAGCCCAUACUGCGAAUUAACCGCGCGGGUCAGUGGUACGUGGAGGCGGGGCAUGGCAUGGAGAGGGGUGGAGACGAAGCAGUGCACAUAGUGGAGGGUUUCCGCAUCAAGACCGAACGCAUGGAGGAGUGGAUGGGGGCGGAGACGCAAGCCUCCGCCGAGGAGGGAAGUGGGACGGAGGAGGGGCCCACCGUGAUGAUUGACACCUCAGGACGCAGCACGUUGUUACAGGAGGGAUUCGUUACUGGAGCAUCCAGAGCCAAGAGCACUCAGCCAUCAAGCAGCUUCAACGAAUCUGAGAGGUUUAGUCCGACAGGCAGUGUGGUGGUGAUGACGGAGAGACAGAGGGCCAAAAGUGAGUCUCCAGGACAAGCGGAUGACCAAAGGCAUCCCACCUCUCAGGCAGAGGAAGCUGCAGCGUUUGAUGUGGGAGGCUACGAGGAGUAUCUGCGAGAGCAGGUGGGGGAUCGCUGGUUCCGCUACAACCCGCGCCUCACCUGCAUUUACUGCUGCAAGUCCUUUAACCAGAAGGGCAGCCUGGACCGGCACAUGCGCCUGCACAUGGGCAUCACGCCCUUCGUGUGCCGUAUGUGUGGCAAGAAGUACACGCGCAAGGACCAGCUGGAGUACCACAUUCGCAAGCACACAGGCAACAAGCCCUUUCACUGCCACGUCUGUGGUAAGAGCUUCCCCUUCCAGGCCAUCCUAAACCAGCAUUUCCGCAAGAAUCACCCGGGGUGCGCCCCCCACGAGGGCUCGCACAGCGCCUCGCCCGAAACCACCACCAACAAUAACAGCAGCGGCGGCACAAACGCUAAAGCCGGGACCCCGCGCCGGAGUAACCACGACGAUGAGGAGGAGUCCGAGGGGAGCGGAACGGGAGGCAGAGGAGGGGGAGUGGCGUCAACGUUUGGGGAAGGUCUGCAACCUUCUGUCUCCACUACUGGGCCCGAUUGAAGAGCACAGGUUUGAGAUGACAAGAAAAAUAAUACGGUGGUUUUCUGCAAGCCAGGAAUGUUUGAAAAGCUGCUGUUAUUAAAAAAGGAAAAAAUAGAAACAAAAGAAGAAAAUGGAAUGAACUUGAGCGGAUGGUGGGACUCCAUCGUCUGUAAGAAGACUUUCUUUAACUGUAAGUAAACAACAAAACAAACAAAAUGCAAAGAGCGUCUGCUAUAAAACUCAAAUAAUAGUGUUCUUUAGUUAUUUAUAAAUAAUAAAUGCGCUUUAAACCGCAUCUACCUGCAACCACACAGACUGUACCGUUACGUCAACAAAUGAAGACAAGCCACACUCCAACAACCUCACACACCACUGGAUGCAGUUAUUUCUCUUAUUUUAUUUGAUUUGCCUUUCCUGUCUUUUAUAUGUGUUACUUUUUUAUAUUUUUGUACAAUUUAACAAUG